AUGUCCUCGAUGACUCCCCACAAAGGGCAGCAUCAAAUCCAAAACUUCGCCGCGGAACUUGCAACAACCUCACCUCAAUAUCCUCAAAAUUCGCAUGAUUUCAAUAGUCAGGCAUAUUCUGUGAACACGCAGUCCGCGAUGACCUAUUCCGAUCAGCCCACUACCCCUCCCCGAACUCCUCGAAGAGUCCAGCAGAACCAGCCAGCCUCUCAAAGUAGAGUAAACUCGGCCGUACCCGACAAUAGCUCAAGGAAGUCUACCAAUAAGAGAAGACCCAAAAAUGUUCAAACUUCUCCUGUUGCAACAAGGAAUGAUCGAACUACCCCGCCACUGACUGGCGCUCAAUCUACCGGUGGCUCAACUGCUGCCAGACCUAUUCAAACACCAUCCGCAGCCCAGGUCUAUGCAGGCCCAACUUUCCACGCAUCUCCGGCCCCAUCAGCUCUACCCAUGCCAAGUUUUUAUUCCAAGUCUGUCCCAGAAUCGCCAGCAAUCAGAACUGGAAAUGCGAUCAAAGAGCCAGAUUCGUCGGCAGAUGAAUCUUCACAGACUCCAUCAGCACAAAUGUUUAGUGGUGUUUCACGUAGGGAGGAAUCACCACUUGACCUCUUCUUCAAAGCAGAUAAGCGGGAGAAGGCUGAAAAGAUACGAGCACGAAGUACCAACUCCAAUGCCACGGGGUCCGUUGGACCCUUCAACCUCCCACUUGUAUCACCGGGUAAUACAAGAACUCCGCCACAACCUACCAGUCAAUACCGCAACAAAACCAUACCAACUUCUCGUGGAUCGGCAAGUGGUGUCUUUUCCAUGGAGCUAGACGGAUCUAACAGUCCUGGAUUGCCACUCGGGCCGGCAUUCUCCACUCCCUAUAACGAAAGGAUCUUGGCAGCACGGAAGAUAUCAAGUCCCUCGCAACCACAUAAUUCGUCGCCAUGCAAUUCUCAACCAUCCUUGGACAACUCAGAGGCACUCAAGGCCUAUCUGUUCUCUGCAGAUCCAUCUACCAAUGAUAACCUUGGGCCUGCUUUAAGCUCAACAAAUUCUGCAAUACCAUAUCAAGGCGGAUAUAGCUCUCCGAGUGGUUCUAGAAGCGGGGGAAUGCCAGGAAGGUCUCCACAGACAAAUUAUAAGUACAGAGGUGAUUCCCGAAGCACAGGAGACGUUCCCAAAUCCGCUCGAUCAGGUCUUCGCCAAGAAGUCACCCCAACAAAAACCCCUACAAGAACGCCGGAUCGUACAAAUUCAUACGGACCAUCCCAAAACCCGUCUCAAACAUAUGGGGACAACUUCCCAGCCACCAAUAAUGGUAAUAGCGCUACUCAAGUCACAAACUCUUCGCCCGUGCCACAAGUAUCCUCUGGUACCCCGCCUGGAAAUGGUAAUCCCGACCUUCGAGGUAUGGAAAACGAUUUGAGGCGGAUGCUGAAAUUGGAUUCUCCCGGCUUUGCUGGAUCAGCACGAUAA